AUGUGCUCGGCGAUUCCCGAGGGCGGACGUGAGCUUGGCUGGGACGACUGGACCAUCACCGCUACCCUACUGCUCACUGUUCCUCCGACCGUCUUCGCAUUUACCUUGACUGACAACGGCCUGGGCAAAGACAUGUGGACCCUACCUCUCUGGAAGAUCGAAAACGUUCUAUUCUACUACUUCAUCGGGGAAUUGUUCUACUUUUUAGCCCAGUCCAUGAACAAGAUAUCCAUCUUGCUAUUUCUGCUGCGAGUCUUCCAGCAGACCACACUGAACCGGCCUAUCUGGGCCACCAUCGGCCUCUGCGUCGCAUACGCUCUCUCCUUCUUCUUCGCCACGCUGCUCCAGUGCUCGCCAAUCAACCAUGCAUGGCUCCAGCUGGAGGAGUGGCACCAGGGCCACUGCAACGACAUCCACCUCCAAGGCUGGAUGAGCGCGACGUUCAACAUUAUUAUCGACCUCAUAAUCCUGGUACUGCCCUUGCGUGAGCUUUAUAAGCUGCACGUGAACCUGCAGAAGAAGCUUAUGUUGAUGGUGAUGUUCUCGCUCGGUAUAUUCGUCACUGUAGCCAGCAUUAUCCGCCUGCGCACCCUGCUCCUAUUUGCCAACUCGACCAACAUCACCUACGACUACGUGGAUGCCGCCUACUGGAGCACCAUCGAGCUGUACGCAGGCAUCGUCUGCGCCUCUCUGCCCGCCGUCUACAAGCUGUUCUCCGCCCUCGGUCUCACUCCCACGUGGACAGUUGUAAAGAGCAAGGUGUCAGGCGGCUCAUCCGGCAAGACGCCUGGCAACUCAGGGGUGGGUACCAUGGGUACGUCCAAUACGGACCGGCCCAAGCCUCGGCGGAUAUCAUUGAAGCGCAACGAGGAUACCGAAUUCAUCCGCCUCACAGAUGUGGAAACCGGCACGGCUGGGUCGGGAAAAACAUGGCAGUGA